AUGGGACUUCCAAACCAUGACGAGCAACAUUAUGACGUGCCCCCACCAGAGACUCAACCAGCUAAAAUGGCAAAAAAGAGAACAGGGAAAUACAAAACACUUAAAACAUUUUCUGCAUCCUUGAAGUCAGAGGAAACUUCAGAUUACGUUAAAGAAAAUAUAACUCAACAACCUGUAGUUGCUGCAGAACCAGAUUGCCGUAAGAAGAAAGAUAAAUCAAUGGGAAAAAAGAAUCAAACUCUUGCUUGUUCAAAAGUGGUGAAAUCCAGGCAUGUGUCAUAUGAUAGAACAGUACCAAAGGGCGAUGAUGCAAUAAUACAUAUUAAGAGGUUAAGAGAAAAGCUUGGUUUGCAAACUAUAUUACUGCAGCAUGAUUUGAAAUACGAAAGUUCUGAGAUUGCAACUAAGAUCAUUCUAAAGGAACCUUUGAGAGAUGAUGGAGAAUAUGUGUACUGCCUUCCUCGGAGUAACCCCAAAGUUCUUUACAAUCCGUAUGAUCUUCAGGCGGUCUCUGCUCACAGAGCCAGACAUUGCAAAGAAUUUUGGGUUAUUACUGCUUCAUUUAUUUCCAAGGUAAUAGUUACUAAAGUAGGUGAUACAGAAGAAGUAGAACUCUUACCUAUUGUGGAAUGGCUAAUGGAAAGAAAAUGUUACUACUUACUACAGACUUUCAAAAUAUUCCUCAAUUUCCGAAUUAAUAAAGCAUUUGUUACCUGGAAAAUUAAUGUUAAAAGAAUUAAGACAGAGAAGAGCAGGUCAUUUUUGUGCCGCCAUCUUUUUUGGGCUGAUGAGUCAUUUCUAGGCUGUUUGCUUUAUAUCAGAGGACUUUGUGAAGAUGCAGUUAACCUCAAAAAAGAUAAUGGACAUGAAGAUAAUCCAUCUGCCAUAUACCUUGUAAAGCUGGAUAGGUCUCGUACAUAUUCUCUAGAUGAAUUUUGUGAAGAACAAUUACAGCAAGCUGCGCGGGCAUUGAAACAGCUAGAGGAUAUCCGGGAUAAAGCAAUUUCGAAGAUGAAAAGUACAAUUCUAAAGGUGGCAGAAAAGGAAGAUUUAAAAAAAUACUUUGAGUCAGGCCUCUCUGAUUAUGACACAACACAUUUCAAACUGCCUCAAUAUCGACGCUUAUUAGAAACAAUUUUCAGGUUUCUGAUGCUGGUUGACUGCAUAUUUCAAGAACUCAUCCGUCAACUUAUGAACACUGCAGUCAUGCUACUUUUGGAUUUAUUUAAUGCCUCUGCUAGAAUGCCAUUUUCAGAGGAAGGAAAGAAUGAAGAUCUUAUCAGAAUAUACAAGGACAUUUUACCUUUCACUGACAAGGCGUCUUUAAAAAAUGACCAUGAAGAACUCAAUGAUUUACACCUGUAUGUUACUCAUAUUCUGAAAUCAGAAGUAAAAACAGAAGUUGAUAUUAAUGAGAUUUUGAAUAGUAUUAAAGUGGAGACAGAUUUAAGAAAAAUAUAUGCGCCAGUAUUUGAAGUACAUCUGCGUUUGAGAAUUCCUGCUGAGAGUUACGCUCCAGAAGAUUCUGAGGAAAACAUUUCUGAAUAUGAUGAGCACCCUAGGAAAUCUGUGGUGUAUUUUGAAGAUGAAAUAUCAGAUGAUAGUGAAGAACUGCCUGCAAAAGUCGAUAAAACAAAAAAAUUUAGUUACAAUCUUGAAGGACGUCUCUUAGACAUGGAAAUUGCAACUGAGACUGAGAAUAAAUGCACAUAUGAAGAAAUUCCGGAGUUCCCUACAAAUCUCUUUAUAGUUCCCAACAGAUUGGCAUUUUCAAUAAAAAUUCAAAAUAUGGUGACUAAUAUUGAAAAGUGUAUAACCACGAUUAUUCCUCUUUACCAAGAUCCCCGCCUGUCUAUCUUUAUUGAUUUGUCUUCAAUUAUGGAUUUACCUAAUAAGACAGAAAGUGUAAGAGAAUGUAAGAAGACCAGAUGGCCAGAUUGUCAGAUCCUUUUUGAAACGGACCCUGUCUACCAAAAUAAAAUUGUGAAUCUCCUGACUGCUAUUGGUAAUUCAAUGAGCCUAGUUAGUUUGUACAGCUGCAGAUUUCUAAAGUACUGCACCAUGGUAGAAAAAGCCAAAACCAUGAGUAUGAAAAUGUCAUCUAUGAGAGGAGAAUUGACUUCAGCACAGUUUAAGAAAAUACUAGAUAAAUUCAGAAAAUAUCUUAGAUAUAUUGUGAAUAUGACCAUUGAGAAGCGCAUUGGUAUUUUCAAAGUUAUGAGUAUUGAUUAUCAGUCAGAAUGCUUACCAUAUGUUGAUGACGUCAUAAAUAUGAGCCACACCCUCUUGAGAUCUGUAAUUCAAGAAAAGAAUGCCAGUCUUUUGCAGGUAGUAGAAUCAUCACUGAGAAAGCUAGAAUGUGAACCCACUGAAAUAGAAGAAUUUGUGGAACAUUUUACUUUCGUGGAUGCCAUUUCCUCAAAAAUAUCUAAAUUAGAAAAAGAGUACUUAAUAAUUGCUCAGCUGAAUGCAGUCGUAAAGUAUUACCAGAUCCAUAUUCCAGAAGAGCAAGUUGCCAUAUAUAAAAUCCUUCUUAUCAAGUUUAGUCAACUAAAAACAGCUGUGAAGUUAAGUGAAGCAAAUAAAGAGGCCACUUUUGGUAAAUUCAAAGAAAAUUUGGAAGCGUAUAUCACCGGUCUACGGGUUGAUGCUAUUAAUUUAAAGGAAAAGAUAAGAAGUCCUGUUCUAUUAUGUACCAGUACUCGAGUGUCAACAGCCGUCGAGAUGAUCCGGACUCUCUCCGAGGAAGCUGCAAGUUUAUCUAACAAAGCUAAAACGUAUGCAACGUCUCAGGAUCGUUUCGAUGAGUCUCAAUUUCCUAUGCACUCUCUUAAUAUGGAGGAAAUGGCACAGAUUGUGCUUUCGGAGAUCUCUGAAAUCGAAUGUGACUUAACUUUGAGAAAAUUGUUAUGGGAUGCACAAGAGGAAUGGGGAACGCUCUUUUGGGAAUGGAGAACUAGUUCUCUUCAAAGUCUUGAUACAGAAUCAGUACAGAGAAACGUUUCUAAAUGGAUGCAGAUCAUCUUGGUACUAGAAAAAGGUUUACCUAAAAACGAUAUGGUAACAUAUUUUAAGCAAUCAGUGAUAGACUUUAAACAAGAGCUGCCCAUCAUCAUAGCUCUGGGGAACCCCUGUCUCAAGCCAAGGCAUUGGGAUGCUCUCCACGAGAUUAUCGGAAAGUCAAUUUCCCUUGAUAAAAACUGUACAGUAGAGAAUCUUCUAACACUCAAGAUGUUUCAGUAUGAAGAGGAAAUAAAUGAAAUAUCAACUGCAGCAACUAAUGAAGCUGCUCUUGAAAAAAUGCUAUUUAAGAUUAUUGAUCUUUGGAACAGUACUCCUUUACAUUUGGUUCUUCAUCACACAGAGGCUUGCUCUAUCCUAAUAAUUUCUUCUAUAGAUGACGUAUUAGCUCAACUAGAAGAGUCUCAAGUCAUACUUGCAACACUUAAAGGAUCCUCCUAUCUUGGGCCCAUUAAGGAUCUUGUGGAAGAAUGGGAUCAAAACUUGGCUCUCUUCUCUUACACUCUUGAGGAAUGGAUGAAUUGUCAAAGAAAUUGGCUUUAUCUUGAACCAAUAUUUCAUUCUUUAGAAAUACAAAGGCAGCUUCCAGCAGAAACAAAACUAUUCUUCAAGGUGAUAUCCAUGUGGAAAGAAGUAAUGUCAAAAAUACAAAACAAACUGGAUGCUUUGCGAAUAACCACCUCUGCGGGAGUCCUUGAAAUUCUGAAAAAUUGUAACAUAUAUCUUGAAAAAAUAAAGAAAAGUCUUGAGGACUACCUCGAAAUUAAAAGAACAAUUUUUCCAAGAUUUUACUUUCUUAGCAACGCUGAACUUCUUGACAUUCUAGCUUAUAGUAAAAACCCUGAGUCUGUACAGCCUCAUCUUGUGAAAUGUUUUGAAAAUGUAAGACAUUUAAUGAUAUGCAAACAAGAAAUUGGCCCCCCUGCUGUAACGAUGCUGGUAUCUGCUGAAGGAGAAAGUCUUGUGCUGCCAAAGAAAAUUCGAGUAAGAAGUGCUGUAGAACAGUGGCUAGUGAAUGUAGAGAAAAGCAUGUUUGAUUUGUUAAAAAAAUUUGUAAGUCAUGGGGUUGAAGAUUGGAACUAUCAAAUUUUUUCCGUAUGGGUGGUAUCUCAUCCAGGACAAGUGGUACUCACUGUGAGCCAGAUCAUGUUUUAUAAUGAUUGUAUCAGAAGUUUUGCGAGUUCUCAUUCAAGAGAAGAUUUGGAAAAAGUCCAUGUUGGUGUGAUAGGUCGUCUAGAAGAGGUUGUAGGUCUGGUGGUGCUGAAUAUUAAUAACUCUCGAACAAAAGCUGUACAGGGGGCAUUGCUUACCCUUUACGUUCACUGCAGGGAUAUAGUGAGAGAUUUACUACUUAAAAAUAUCUUCAAUGCAGACGAUUUUGAGUGGACAAGACAUUUGCAAUAUAAAUGGAACGAAAAGCAAAAGUUGUGUUACGUAUCUCAAGGAGAUGCCAGUUUUACUUACGGCUAUGAGUACCUGGGCUGUUCUCCGAGAUUGGUCAUUACACCUCUCACAGAACGGUGCUGGUUAACUCUCACUGGAGCACUCCACUUGAAUCUAGGAGGCUGCCCUGCUGGUCCAGCUGGUACAGGAAAAACCGAGACUACCAAAGAUCUAGCAAAAUCCUUAGGGAAACAUUGUGUGGUCUUCAACUGUUUCGAGAAUUUGGAUUAUAAGAUAAUGGGAAAAUUCUUGUUUGGACUAGUUCAGUCAGGAGCGUGGUGUUGUUUUGAUGAAUUCAAUCGAAUUGAUAUGGAAGUUCUCUCAGUUAUUGCCUCACAAAUUCUAACAAUUAAGGAAGCAAAAGACAGCUAUUCUGUCAGGUUUGUACUGGAAGGAAAAGAAAUUCGUAUCAAUAUGUCUUGUGCAAUAUUUAUCACCAUGAAUCCUGGAUACAAAGGUCGAGUAGAACUCCCAGAUAACUUAAAAUCUCUGUUUCGCCCAGUGGCAAUGAUGGUGCCCCAUUAUCAAAUGAUUGCUGAAAUAAUGCUGUUUUCACAUGGCUUCAAAUCUUCAAAAACACUCUCUGGAAAGCUAGCUAACCUUUUCGAAUUAGGCAGCAAACAUCUCUCACCACAGGAUCACUAUGAUUUUGGCAUGAGGUCCCUGAAGACGGUGUUAGUAAUGGCUGGAAAGAAGAAACAGGAGUUUAAAUGUAACCCUGGUGAGAGUCUUUGUGAAACAGAUGAAACUCAGAUCAUUAUCCAGGCUAUAAGAGAAGCUAGUUUACCAAAAUUUCUUCCUGAUGAUGUCCCACUUUUUGAAAAAAUUAUAGGAGAUAUUUUUCCUGGAGCUGCAGUUCCCAACGUAAAUCAACUUGCCUUGGAGAAAGCUGUGUCUAUUGCAACACUGUGCUUGGGUCUACAACAUUGCCCAGCUCAGAAAGAGAAGAUCAUACAGUUUCAUAAUCAACUUCAGGCUUCUGUUGGUGUGAUGUUAUUGGGCCCAACAGGUGGAGGAAAGACAACAGUCAGAAAAAUUUUAGAAAAAGCUUUAAUAUUUUUACCAGUCGUGGAUAUCUUACCAUGUGAACAAAGGCAAUCAGUUUCAAAGGUUCCAGGAAGAAAAGGAAAAGUAGAUAUUUGUGUUUUAAAUCCAAAGUGUAUCACUCUUAAUGAACUAUAUGGACAACUGAAUCCUAAUACAAUGGAAUGGACUGAUGGGUUAUUAUCAGCAACAAUUCGAAAUUAUGUACAUUUUAAUGAUAAAAUGCACUCGAAGAAAGACAUGGAUCUUGGAUUAAAGUCAAGAAUCUCAGAUUUAUCUAAUGUUUUCCAACUUGAUGGCUCUGAUGCAGCAGAUAUUGAUGGUAAUAUUUUUGAGAAGGAUGUGGAAAAAGAUGUUAAAACUCCAGAAAAUCAGGGCUUUGAUUGGCAGUGGAUUAUUUUAGAUGGUCCAGUGGAUACUUUGUGGGUGGAAAAUCUAAACUCCAUGCUAGAUGACACUAGAACAUUGUGCCUAGCGAACAGUGAGAGAAUAGCUUUAACUAAUAAAAUAAGAGUGAUUUUUGAAGUGGACACCCUCUCUCAGGCCAGUCCUGCCACCGUCAGCCGAUGUGCAAUGGUCUAUAUGGAUCCUGUUAAUCUGGGAUGGGAGCCUUACGUUAAAUCAUGGCUUUUGAAAACUUCUAAAAUUAUGAGUCAAACAGGAGUGGAUUGUCUUGAAUUCAUGAUUAAAAAAAGUGUUACAGAUGGACUACAAUUUCUGAAGAAGUAUCAGAAAUUUCAGCCAUUUCCUGUACAGGACAUAACAAUCAUCACAACUCUCUGUAGAAUUCUCGAUGCUUUCUUUGAAUUCAUGAGCAAAAAUGGAGGCUUUGGACAAAGUGAGUUUUUCCCCUUAAAUCACGUUAAUGAUAUUGUAUCUUAUAAACCCAAAGAUACCUUCACUGAGACACAUUGUAAUCAAGCUCCCAAAAACCAAGGAGAUGAGAACCCUGAAAGCAGCAAGAAAGAAGUGAAUUUUCACACGGCUAAAAGUACAUGGUAUCUGGAGAAAAAUCCCGACAGAUUAACAGUAAUGAUUCAAAAGCUUUUUGUGUUUGCAUUUACUUGGGCAUUUGGAGGAACUUUAAAACGUGAAGAUGAACAUGAAGACAAUAUACUAUUUCGUUCAAGUUUUGAACCUGAUUCUCUUGCAAAAGUAACCUAUGAUUUUGACAACCUUGUUCGUGAAUUGUUCGAAAGCAAUGCUCAAGGAGGCAUCCACCUACCAACUGGUGACCGUUCUAUCUUUGGGUAUUUUGUGGAUAUACAGCAAUGUGAAUUCAUACCUUGGUCAGAAUUAGUUCCUGGUGCUCAGGCACUAGUUCAAAAAGGGACUUCAUUACUAGCUGAUUUCCAAGGAUCCAAUGAAAACCUCUUGAAGAUAACCGAAUGUGGGGAGUACAUUAAUCAUACUGCUACCAGAGAUACAAUAUGCCUUUCUUUCCUCAUUAGCCUUCUUUUAAAGAAUUCCUGCCCGGUACUUCUCACAGGAGAGCCUGGUGUUGGGAAAACCACUGCCAUUAACCAAAUGCUUGAAAAGCUAGAGGGACCAGGAGGAUUUGAUGUAAAAUAUGGAUCAAUUUUAGGAGAAGUUCUAUUAUAUAAUGAAAUUAAAAAAUCAAGGUACCUGAAACAGAAUAUCAGCAUCUUGAUUUCUGAAACUCAUAAAACAGCAACUGAAGAUUCAGAUAAGACUGUUAAGAAGUCAGAAGUUAGAACUGAUGAUGGUUCACUUAAAAAUAUUAAUAAAGGGAUUAUAGUCUCUACAAUACAUUUUAGCACCAAUACGACGGCUGCCAAAACCAAGGAGAUGAUUCUUAAGAAGUUAGUAAGAAGAACUAAAGACACUCUUGGAGCACCAAAGAACAACAGGAUUGUAGUAUUUAUUGAUGAUCUGAAUAUGCCUGUAUCAGAACUAUAUGGAGCACAACCACCCCUGGAACUGAUCAGACAAUUAUUAGAUUUGGGAGGGAUUUAUGACACUGAAAAAAUUGCAUGGAAGAAUAUUCAAGAUCUCUCUCUGGUUGCAGCUUGUGCUCCACCAGCUGGAGGGAGGGAUAUUAGCCCACGUCUCCUCAAACAUUUUUCCAUACUGGUAUUGCCUCAUCCUCCGCAAAGUGCCUUAAAUACUAUUUUCCAGGCCCAUUUGGGAAUGUAUUUCUCUGUCAAUAACUUCACAUCCGAUGUUCAGAAAAUUAAGGAUGAGCUAAUAUGUUGUUCCCUAGCUAUAUAUUAUCAAGUGCGGCAGAGUAUGUUACCGACUCCAACCAAGUGUCACUACAUGUUUAAUCUUCGGGAUAUGUUUAAGCUUCUUCUAGGAUUGCUGCAAGCUGACAAGGCUGUUAUUAACUCUAAAGAGAUGGCUGCUCUGCUCUUUGUUCAUGAAGCCACCCGAGUGUUUCAUGAUCGCUUAAUCGAACCCACAGAAAAAGGACUUUUCUAUCAGUUUCUUUCAAAGGAGCUUGAGAACUAUUUUCAGACUCCAUGGACCAAAGAAAAACUGAUGAAUGACUCAACUGUAUUUGUGGAUUUCUUGGAUAUCAACAAGCUUCAUAGGAAAAAGAUCUAUCAGAAUACCAAUGACUACAAUAAACUUGCCAGUAUACUUAGCGAAUUCCAAAUGAAGUUCAGUUCAACGUCUUUGGAGAUUUCUCAUUCCAUGGUGUUCUUCAAAGAAGCCAUAGAACAUAUCGCAAGAGCUACAAGGGUCAUUCGACAACUAGGGAGUCACAUGUUACUGAUUGGAAUAGAUGGAUGUGGAAAAGAAACUUGUACAACUUUGGCCUGUUAUUUGACAGAAUACAAACUGUACCAAGUGCCUGUAUCUCACAAUUAUGCCUACCUAGAAUUCAAAGAAGACUUUAAAAAAGUGUUCACUCAGACAGGAUUAGAAGGAAACCCCACUGUUUUGAUGGUUGCUCAUUUAAAUCUGGAUCAAGAGACAUUUUUGGAAGAUUUGAACUCCAUUUUCAAUUCAGGAAAAAUACCUGACUUGUUUGAAAAUGAGGAGCUGGACUCUAUUGCACAAAGGAUUAGACCUCUUGCUGAACAAGUUGGUUAUAUGGAUAAUGAUAGGGAAUCUUUACUUUCAUUCUUCCAAAAGAGAAUACAUAAAAAUCUUCACAUUUUUAUGACCAUGAGCCCUACAGAACAUAACUCCCGCCAAAUUUGUAGAGCAUAUCCUUCUAUGAUUAGCUCCUGCACAAUCGAUUGGUAUGAAAAGUGGCCAGAAGAAGCUCUGCUUGUUGUAGCCAAUUCUUUCUUAACAGAAAAGGUCAAUUUGGAAAGCAGAGAGAAUUUAAAAGAAAAACUUGCCCCAACAUGUGUCCAAAUCCACAAAAGUAUAACAGACCUGAGCCCAAAAUUCUUUGAAGAGACUAGAAGGCAUUAUUAUAUCACUCCCAGGAACUACUUGCAAUUCAUGGAUACGUUUGCACACAUUUUGAAGUCACGGGAGAAGGAAAUGCAAGUGAAAAGGAAUCGUUUCCAUAUGGGCCUAUCGAAGAUCCUGGAAGCAACCACACUAGUUACAGAUAUGCAGGAGGAGCUCUUGAUUCUUGGUCCUCAAAUAGAACAAAAAACAAAGGAAACAGAAAUUCUAAUGGAAAAAUUACAGAAAGAAUCGCAAGUCGUCGAGAAAGUUCAGAUGCUUGUUAAACAGGAUGAAGAAAUUGUGGCAGAAGAAGUAAGAAUUGUGGAAGAAUAUGCUCAGAAAACUACCAAUGAACUUAAAAGUGUACUGCCAGCUUUCGAGAAGGCAAUUGUGGCUCUAAAUGCUCUGGACAAAGCUGAUGUUGCUGAAUUAAGAGUGUACACAAGGCCUCCCUUCCUUGUGCUGACUGUCAUGAAUGCAGUUUGUAUUCUUCUGCAAAAGAAACCUGCCUGGGCCACAGCAAAGUCACUUCUUUCAGAAACAGGUUUCCUUAAAAAACUGAUUAACCUUGACAAGGACAGCAUACCUGAGAAGGCUUUCAUAAAGCUGAAAAAAAUUUUAAGCUUACCGGAUUUCAACCCAAACAAGAUUGCUCUGGUUUCUGUUGCUUGUUGCUCUAUGUGCCAGUGGGUUAUAGCUUUGAAUAACUACCAUGAAGUACAGAAGGUAAUGGGCCCUAAACAAAUCCAAGUGGCUGAAGCUCAAAAUGUCCUUAAAAUUGCACGACAAAGGUUGGCCGAGAAACAAAGAGGUUUACAGAUGAUUGAAGAACAUCUGCUGUCUUUGCAAGCAACCUACAAAGAUGUUGUUGCUGAAAAAGAGCUAUUAGCAAAUCGGAGAAGACUAGCCACCAAGCGCUUGCAGUGUGCUUCUGUCUUGCUAACUGCCCUGGAAGAUGAAAAGAUUCGAUGGCAAGAAACUAUCAAUCAAAUAGACAAGAAGCUGAGAGGAAUUUUGGGUGACAUACUUAUUUCAGCAGCGUGCAUUGUCUACAGUGGAGUGUUAACAGCAGAAUUUCGCCAGCUGAUUGUGAAUAAAUGGGAGAAUAUAUGCGCUGAAAGGAACAUUUCUUUGUCUUCAAAAUUUUCACUAAUUCAAGUCAUGGCACAGAAAAAUGAGAUCCGCCGAUGGCACAAUCAGGGGCUGCCUCUUGGUAAGUAUUCAGCAGAGAAUGCCAUCUUGAUCAAGAACGGCCGGCAGUGGCCCCUGUUGAUUGACCCACAUAAACAAGCUCACAACUGGAUCCGUCAGAUGGAAGGGCCCAGACUGCAGGAGCUCUCCAUUGAGGACAGCAAUUACACCAAAAAAAUUGAAAAUGCUAUGAAGACAGGAGGGAGUGUUCUCUUGCAGAAUCUCCCUGAAACGUUAGCUCCAACUUUAAAGGCAAUUUUGAAGAAGGAUAUCUAUAAGAAAAGAGGACAGUAUUUCAUGAGAAUUGGUGAUUCUGAGACCGAAUACAAUUCCAAAUUUAGGUUAUACAUAUCUACAGAAAUAGCCAACCCUCAUUUUCUUCCAUCAGUUCAUAACUUUGUUACUAUGAUCAACUUCACGGUAACAUUCCAAGGUUUACAAGAUCAACUGUUAUCUACUGUGGUAAUGCAUGAAGUCCCUCAUUUAGAAAAUCAACGUUUCCAGUUGUUGGAGAGUAUUUCCCUUGAUGCUAUAACUCUUGAAGAGCUAGAGGAAAAAACAUUAAAUUUACUGCAGAAAACACAAGGUUGCAUAUUAGAUGAUGAAGAUAUCAUAGACACCUUAAAAAAAUCCAAAAUGACUUCAAGUGAAAUUUCAAAGCGCAUCAAAGCAACAGAAAAAGCAGAGUGUGCCAUUCAAGCAAUGCGUGAAAGCUACCUUCCCAUUGCCACGCAAGGUGCCCUGCUCUACUUUCUAGUAGCUGAUCUUAAACAUGUCAACUACAUGUACCGGUUUUCCCUAGACUGGUUUCGUCAGGUUUUUUUCUUAUCAGUAAUUUCCAAAAGCAAAGAACAAGAACACUUUAAGUCAGCUUCUAGUUCAAAAAAGGAGGAAAAAGUUCAUGAAGUUACAAAUCUCUCAAAAGAACCUAACUUGGAAAUUGAGAAAAACUCCUUGAGCAAGCAUAUUAAAAAGGCAAUAGGGAUGUUGACAAGAAAUAUUUUUAAGGUGGUUUCUUCAGCUCUAUUUAACCAACAUAAACUUUGCUUCUCCUUUCGGCUUUGCAUUGCAAUCAUGCAGACUAACGCUAGUGAAAAUCUAAUGUGUCAUGACAUCGGGUCCUUAUCAGAUGAAGAAUGGAAUAUCUUCUUAAAUUCUGGCAUGUUGAUAAAUAUUAAAGGUGUGAUGCCCCAGCCUAAAAUUAACAGCAUAUUUGAAAGGUGUAAAAAUCAGCAUCUUCAGUGGCUGUCGGAAUCCAGGUGGAAGCAGUGCCAGUACAUCGGCAGUCAGCUGGAGCCGUUUUCACUUCUGUGCAAGUCCCUUCUGUCAAAUAAAUCUCAGUGGGAUGCUUUUAAUAACAGUAAGGCCGUAGAUUUCCUGACGAGCGUGCCCUUCCAAUCAGAAAAGGCUUCGCUGGAGAAAAGUAAGAAAAUAUUGGAUGAAGUAGCUGAACUUUUGAACGAAGACGAAGAAAUGUGUAGUCCUAUAAAUUUUCCCUGGGAGAAACUCACUUCAUUUCAAAGACUUAUUUUGGUAAAAAUUCUUAGACCAGAGUGUUUAAAGAAUUCAGUGAGAAAAUUUGUUACUGAAAGUCUGGGAAAUGAAUAUCUUCAUACGACUGAAAUUAACCUGAAAGAACCAUAUAAAGAAUCAAGUGCCAGAACUCCACUGAUACUUAUCCACUCUGACGGUAUUGACCCCACCGGCCUUCUCCUGAGAUUUGCACAAGAGUUAAAAGGAACAACGCAUCAUGUGACCAUGAUUUCUUUGGGUCGGGGCCAGGCAGCUAAAGCAGAAGAUCUCAUUGUUAAGGCACGAAUCAAAGCAGGACAGUGGGUCUUCCUCCAGAACUGCCACCUUGCAGCAUCGUUUAUGCCACGGCUCUGCACUAUUAUAGAAUCAUUUAGUAGUCCAAAUGUCAAAAUAGACCCUGAGUUUAGAUUAUGGUUAAGCUCAAAAUCAGACAGUUCUUUCCCAGUUCCUAUUCUUCGAAAGAGUUUAAAGGUUGCAGUGGAAUAUCCCCAGGGACUGAAAAGUAAUUUACUUCAGACGUUCGGACAUAGUGGGAGUGGAGAGGUAACAGCGGAGAUAUUUGAGAAUCCUGACUGUGGACCAUGGUGGAAAAAAAUUGUAUUCAAUCUGUGUUUUUUCCAUGCUGUGAUCCAUGAAAGAAAAAAUUAUGGAAUAUUGGGCUGGAAUAUUCCUUAUGAAUUUAGCUCUUCGGACUUGGAGGUUGCCAUAAAGAUGCUGGAAAAUGUCCUGAGCAGACAGUCCACCAUCCCGUGGAGGGCACUGCGUUAUCUGAUUGGAGAAGUGAUUUACGGAGGACGGGUGACUGAUAACUUUGACAAGCAAUGCUUGAAGACCCUUCUCUACAAAUUCUGUAAUCCUGAAGUGCUGAAAGAUGACUUCAGUUUCUCUAGUGAUGAGAUACGUCAGCCAGUGCCAGAGUCUGCACACAUAGAGGACUUCAUAUACAUUAUCCAGUCCUUACCUGAUGAUGACUCUCCUGAGGUCUUAGGAAUGCACCCCGAGGCCACAAGGAGCUGCAGGGUGACCCAGGGCCAGGAGUUCAUCGAAAGCCUCAUUGCCAUGCAACCAAGAGCCGCCACUGCCAGUCUCACCAUCAGUCACGAGCAGAGUAAUGAUAAGCUAGUGAUGGAAAUGUUAUCUGACAUGCUGAAGCGGCUGCCACUGACCGUAGAGAAAGAAGAAAGCUCGGGAGUGACAAACACGUUAAAGAGCAUGAUGUCAAGUACCAUCUGGAAGUCUCUCAAUAAAAACGUCAGAGGCCAUGAUCCCCUUAUCCAUUGUGUCUUGCUAACCUUUUUGAACCAAGAAAUUGAACGAUUUGAUAACUUAUUAUCUGUCAUCCAUAAAUCUUUGAAAAAUCUUCAACUUGCUAUAAAAGGAGAGAUCAUCCUCACCCAAGAAUUGGAGGACAUAUAUAACUCUUUUCUUAAAACAAGAGUUCCUAUAUCGUGGCAGAAAUGCUCCUACAAGUCGUGUAAGCCCCUGAGUCCCUGGGUUAACGAUCUCAUCCAGCGACUGAAUUUCUUCAAUACCUGGGCCAAAAUGGCUUGCACUGCAAUACAUCGUCGGUAUAUGAGAGUUCUCACAGCUUGGAAGCAGUCUAGCCCAUCAGUUAGCCAAAAAUACAAACACCCUGCUCAGAAUGAUUUCUUUGAAGGAUUUCCUGCAAAAUACUGGCUCCCAGCCUUCUUCUUUCCAGAAGGCUUCCUUAUCGCUGUACUUCAAGAUUAUGGAAGGUCCCGAGGAAUCUCUACAGACACCCUCACGUUUACCCACCAAGUGAUUUCUGACACCACUGACAUGGAAGAUGAGGAGUUCUCCAGAAUUAUCCAAAGGAAACUCAACAUAGUCAGGAAAGCCUUUAAGGGCGCCGACCUGUCACACACCGGAGUUCACGUUUUUGGUUUGUUCAUCGAUGGGGCAAGGUGGAAUCACGAACAAAAAAUACUAGAUGACUCACUGCCUCUUGAGAUUUGUUGUGAUUUUCCUGAAAUCUACUUUUUGCCAAGAAAGAUUUCUACUGAAAAACCAGAUGCUUCUAACCAGACAGACUCAGAACUUUAUACUUUUGAAUGCCCCAUUUACCAGACCCCUCAAAGGUCAAGGAAUGUGACAACUACCAGUUUAUCCACAAGCUUUUUAACAUCUGUGUGUUUACCAACGCGGAAACCUCCUAGUCACUGGAUCAAAAUGCGGGUUGCAUUGCUGUGUGAGAUGAAAGAAUGAAAAAUAAAUGCAAUGCCAAACCAUUUUAGUUUUUGACUGAUCAGAUUCCCAUGUCCCAAGACAUGGACACGUAGUAAACACUCUCCAUAAAACAUUCGUGUUCAACCAGACUGAACAGCGUAGU